AUGAGCGACCUACGCAUUCACACCGCCCUAUCACCGCGCGUUGCCGUACUGUGCAGUCCCGACGUCGACCGCGUUGUCCAGCUGAACGGUAUCCCGGACCUGCCAACGCUGCUGCGCCCAUUCGAGUCGUCAGUGCAACGCCUAUCGGUGCGCACCUCACAGCUCGAAACACGCAUCUGCGAUCGAUUCCCACUUCGCUUCGAUCCAUACUCGCUGUUCAAUGCAGACGCCGCGCACGCCAUCAGCUCUUCAAAUGCGCAAGCUCCACCAAACGCCUCAGCGCUCGAUCGAUCUCACCAAGAGCUGCUCGACCGUGUAAAUCAUCUGAUCGCUGCCAAUAUCAAGAAAUGGGACGCUCAAGUUCCCACAACUCCCACCUCGCCAUCACUACCUCACCAGCUACACAGACACGAUCAGCAUCAGGAUGCAAAUGCUCACGACGAUACAUGUCAAGUGUUGGAUGAGACGCUCGUGCAACUGCAACAACGCUCUAUCGAAGAUAUCACUCCGUGGUUUACGGCUGUCCAGCAACUCGUGUUCGGCCAGAGGACGAUCGCAAAACACGACUCGUUCAGUCAUCCCGUCGCUGUGCUUCUGGCUGUAUCGUCUACUUCGCCAGAUCCCAUGAACGACUUUGCGAAACUCUACGAGGCCUCCUCGCACCCUUCACCCUUCCCAGCCCACCCUUACAUCAACCCAGAUACGCUCAAGUACUACGUGCUCAUCCACGACGUUCGCACCUCGGGCGCAGAUCUGACCAGCUCGAAAGAGAUACUGGAACAGAUCAAAAAAACGUACGGCCUCCAUUGUUGCCUUUUAGCCAUCAACAGUGCUUCCGAAGAAAGCGCUGCGGCGCGCGCAGAACUGGCUGCGCUCUGGUCGGCGUUUCUUCCAUCGACACCGACGUCACCCGUCUCGGCAAGCGCAGCGUCUCAACAGGUGCGCUCGGAUCUUGCGCAGAUGCUGGACCAGGAAGACGUCAAGCGCAUCAAGGGCUUCAUUCGCGAACUCACCGCUCAGUCGAUCGUGCCGUUCAUGGAGAGAUACGUUCAGCACAUGGGCGAUCACCUUGCAAAUUCGCGCAAGGGUCUCACGAACCGACUGUUCGGAGCAUCUCGCAAGCUGUUCGGUGGUGUCGCAGUGGGUGCAUCAGGCACGGACAAGGGUGCAAGUGGUUCAUCUGCUUCCGGUGGUCUUUCUGCAUCCGCGGGAUACGACGCGCACCACCAGGUGUAUGCCUACUCGUCGCUCGAAGCACAAACACGUCGAUUGGCCGACUUCGCCUUUACCAUCCGCGACUACAAGCUAGCAGCAUCCAUGUACGAUUUGGGACGCAAAGACUUUGCGGCAGAUAAAGCGACGCGACACUCGGCGGGUGCGACCGAGAUGUUUGGACUCUCACAUUUGAUGAGCAUGUACACUUCGCAGAGCGCACCGAUCGACGUCGACAGCUACCUGGCACAGGCAUGCUACGAAUACCAUGUUGGCUCGUCUACUGGCGCCAACAGUGGCGCGACGACAAUGACGGAAGAAAAUCACAUCUACGCUCUGCGCGCUACGCUACUGUACUACGAAGCGUAUCGGAUGCUGCGCUAUCUGCGAGCUGCUCCUGCAGGUUUGCUGCGCAUGUCAGAGCGCUCCGAUGAGGUACUAGCCCCGCUCCUGCUCGAACAGGCCGCACUGGCGUGUCUUGACUCACAACCCAAACCGUCACUUCGCAAGUUUGCACUCUACCUCAUCACCGCCGCUCACAAGUACCAGGCUUGUGGCCAAAAAUUGCUCUCAAUGCGCUGCUACGCUUUGGCCGGCGUCGUGUAUCGUGGCAAGCGAUGGACGCUCAUUGAAAAUCACAUCGAACACAAGUUGGGCAUGCAGGCGUACAACGAGGGCGACUCGGACACCGCCGUGGCGCACCUGAUCCGUCUGAUUCGUCCGAGCGCGAGUUCGAGCGCGCAACACCAACGCUUCCUUCAAGAUGUACAGACCGCGUACAAGUACUCGGCUCAGGCAGACCAGUCGGGUAAAAUCGACGUCAAGGCGCAUGAACCGCUUUCGUUGUGCUAUGACAUGUUUGAUUCGGCAAGCGCAGUGUUGCGAUUUGCUGCGGAAUCGAGCGCAUCGACGACGAUCGUCGAUGAUCAGGUGUGGCGAAAUUUGGAGCAAGAGCUAGUGCAGAAUGGGUUGGGCCAACGUACACUAGCCGACGGCUCCAAGAAGCGACGCAAACCACCGACAACUCGGACGUCAACGCAGCCAACGCAGGUGGCUAUUAACCAGCCAUUUUGGCUGGACGUCCAAGUGCGCAAUCCGCUCAAUGUUGAUUUGACCAUCGACGCGAUCCGACCCGUGCUGACCACUGGCACUUCUGGCUACGAGCAUGCGGCUGCACACGUGUCGGACGACGACGUGCAGAUCGACGAGCUAGACAAACUCAUGCUUGCUCCAUUGCAGUCGAAGCGCGUACGCGUGAUGCUUCGCCUCAAGCGCGAGUUGAAACUGGUCCGCGUUGCAGGUGUCAGAUUCCGAUUACAAGAUACGAUACAGUUGGUUCAGCAGCUGAACAAGAAAGGUGCGCGACUCAACACGACCAAGCAAGAGCGAACGUCGGUUAUGUACGGACCGGAUAUCGAGCUGGCGGUCUCGGUGGAUGCGGCGAGGCCUAUGUUGAGUGCGCAAGUUUCUUCUGUUCCGGAGCACAUGUAUUUGGGUCAAGAGGUGCGACUCAAGGUGGUGUUGAAGAACGACGGAUCCAGGGUGGUGGACGAUGUGCGUGCAUUGUGCGAUCAGGCUCACGUGGCGAGUUUUGCGAGCGCGAGUGGUGAGAUGGGAGCCGAAUGUAGGAUGUCGAACUCGCUCUCUGGUGCAUGUGCACAGGCCGUGUUGGAUGCACAAGCGCAGACGACGAUUGCACCAGGAGAACAAGUGGAAGCGUCGCUGAUCGUUCGACCGGUGGCACUGGGCGAGAUGCGCCUAGCGUGGCUGAUAGCGUUUGGCUCGCACUCGGAUCAUGGAGAGACGUAUCUCACACGCAUGGCGCUUAGCGCGCACGUUAGCGACGCAUUGCAGAUCAACGUGCUCACACGUGUAUCGCGCACGCUUACGUGCGAGCACGACGUUGUAGUGCACGCCACCAACAUGCUGACUACGGACACGAUCGAGUUGGACGCCAUCAGUCUCGUCAGUGGCGAGUGGAAGAUGGUCGGUGGAGUUGAGCCGAUGCGGGGCCGCGUAGUGUUGGCGCCACGUCAGGUGUGGAGCGGACAGUUUCGGGUUGCGCGCGCUCCAACGGCUGGCGUGAUCGAAGCAGAGGAGUAUACAAUGACGAGAUUGCAAGACAUGCUACUUGGUCGGCAAGACAAGUGUGCAGAGGCGCCAGAGAUUUUGGUCUAUCGUACUACGCACGGGACUGGGACGUCGGAUUUGGCGACGUACAUGUGUGCGCGCCAGCAAUACCGAUUGCGGAAACUGGCGUUCAUGUUCCCUACGAUCAAGCUGGCUGAUCGGAGGCGUGUGUUUACGCUGUGGGGGCAACGCGAGAUGGAUGUCGACGUUUCCUUCCGGGUUGGACCGCACCGAGGUCGGCUUGUAGUGUAUGCACUCACGCCUGGUGCGAACCGACGGAUGCGCAUCCAGAUGCCACCCAAACUCACACGCAGUCUCUACGCGCAGACAGCACAGGAAAACGCCAGUCUCGUCCACCACAUUUCUCGCGAUCCAGACCAAAAUCCGCUCGUGAUUCACUCGCUCCAACAGCCCAACUCGCAACUCCUCUUGGUCCUCCGCAACUUGUCAGACCGCUACCACACCUCGGUCCACCUCCAACUAACCGGCCCGCACUGGCACGCAAGAAAAUCUUUCUCCUUCUCCCUACCCCCCUCUACCGCACACACCGCCUUAGCCUCGUUCACCGCCCCCCUCUCCUUAUCCUACUCGGCUCGCAUUGUCUGUGAAAAAGACAACACUCCCGUAGCUUGGUUCCACUAUGACUACCCUCCCACAUCACCUUGA